CAGCCCUCACAUCCUAAAUGAGCCUCAUUUGCUGGCAACACUUCAUUUCAGCUGAAAGCCCAUCCUGUCUAGCCGCCUGUGCCCAACUCCUGGCUGCUGCACACUCUCCCUCAUCCCCAGCAGAGGAUGGAAUCCCACAGUCUCAUCACAAAGCAAAGCUGAGAGUCCUGGAAAGUGGGCACUUGUGGGGGGUAUUCCUCAUGGAUUUGAGAGCCACCGAGAAGCCAUCUGAAAGGGUAGAUUAUUUGCAGACCUGGGCACCUGUCACCAGGAGGGGUAUCCUCUCAGCCCCCCUGAUUGCCCAUCACACAACCCUGCACAGCAAAGUGGCACAAGUUUGUGGUGUGUGGCAAGCUGUGCCUGCAGGGGCAGAAUCCUGGCAUGCUGAGGAGAAGGAAACAACUCACAAGUAGUGGCAAGACGAAGCUCUGCGUCCAUAGAGAAUCGCAUUAGACACAUAUUCCCCUAGAUCUGGAUCUCUAAGGAGUAAGGCAGAGGGAUCAUGGGGGAACAUGGAAGACUUAAGCCUCUAAAUUUGGAAUUUGAAUGAAUUUCUUUUUAACUACUACAGUCCUGUCACGUUGUAUUUGCGGAUCAUUAGGUUGGAUUAGCAAAAGAAUAAGCCAUGGUGUUGGAAAAAGUCUACUUUAUCCUUAAAGUGCUGCUGAUAACUAUACUAGUGGUGGAAGGAAUUGCAGUGGCGCAGAGAACACAAGAUGGACCAAACAUAGGAGCCAAGCACAUUCCAGUCACUCAGUGUGGCACUUGGGUGAGAACCAGUAAUGGAGGACAUUUUGCAUCACCAAAUUUUCCCAACACUUAUCCUCCCAACAAGGAAUGCGUCUAUAUUUUAGAAGCUGCUCCACGCCAAAGAAUAGAACUGACAUUCGACGAACCUUAUCAUAUAGAGCCUUCUUUUGAAUGUCGGUUUGAUAACUUAGAGGUACGAGAUGGGCCAUUUGGCUUUUCCCCACUCAUUGACAGAUAUUGUGGUCUAAGGAGCCCAACAAUGAUUCGAUCAACAGGAAGAUUUAUGUGGAUCAAGUUUUCCUCAGAUGAAGAACUGGAAGGUUUAGGAUUUCGUGCAAAAUACUCUUUUAUACCUGAUCCAGAUUUCAGCUAUCUUGGAGGCAUUCUAAGUCCUAUACCAGAUUGCCAAUUUGAGCUGUCAGGAUCUGAUGGGAUAAUUCGCUCCAGUCAGGUGGAACAAGAGGAAAAACUGAAAUCUGGCCAAGCAGUUGACUGUAUCUGGACAAUCAGAGCGCCUCCAAAAUCUAAGAUAUACUUGAGAUUUCUGGACUAUCAAAUGGAACAUUCCAAUGAAUGUAAACGCAAUUUUGUAGCUGUGUACGAUGGCAGCAGCUCUAUAGAGAAUCUGAAGGCCAAGUUCUGCAGCACUGUAGCCAACGAUGUGAUGCUGCAGACAGGCACUGGGGUUGUACGAAUGUGGGCAGAUGAAGGCAGCAGACUCAGUCGAUUCAGGAUGCUUUUUACAUCGUUUAUGGAGCCUCCUUGUCUGGGCAACUCUUUCUUUUGUCACAGCAACAUGUGCAUCAAUAAUUCUUUGGUCUGCAAUGGGAUUCAAAACUGUGCGUACCCUUGGGAUGAAAAUUACUGUAAAGAAAAGAAAGAAUCUGGGUUGUUUGAACAAAUAACAAAGACUCAUGGGACAAUUAUUGGAAUUACUUCAGGGAUUGUGUUGGUUCUUCUGAUAAUUUCCAUUCUUGUACAAGUAAAGCAGCCUCGUAAGAAAAUUAUGGCUCGGAAAACAACAUUCAACAAAACUGGAUUCCAAGAAGUUUUUGAUCCCCCUCACUAUGAGUUGUUCUCGCUAAGGGAUAAAGAAAUCUCUGCAGAUCUUGCUGAUUUGUCUGAAGAACUUGAGAACUACCAAAAAACAAGACGUUCUUCAACAUCAUCUCGGUGUAUUCAUGACCAUCACUGUGGAUCACAAACUGCAACGUUGAAACAGAGCAGGACCAAUCUCAGCUCAAUGGACCUUCCAUUUCGCAAUGAUUUUGCGCAGCCACAGCCUAUGAAAACAUUCAAUAGUACCUUCAAGAAAAGUACCUACACGUUUAAACAAGCCCACGACUGUCCUGACCAAGGCAUAGAAGACAGAGUAAUGGAAGAGAUCCCGUGUGAGAUAUAUGUUCGUGGCCGAGAAGAAUGUUCCCAGGGUACAAUUUCUAUCGACUUCUAGCUACAUUCCAGAAAAUUAUGGUCCAAAAUAUAAAUCAAUAUAUAUUUUUAAGACUAUAAAGAACUCACAUUUCAUUUUCUAGUACUGAAAAAGGAGACUCAAAGAAACUUAUGAUAAUUGUAAAAUAAAGCUCUAUAUUUUUUUGAGCAAAAACAAAAAAAGUGAAAGUUUUGCAUGGAAUUAAUGUUCUGUACAUAUGAGAUUAUAAAUUUCAAAGUACACUCACAGUUGCCGAAGCAAAUUACAUUUGAUUGAUAUGUCAUUCUCACAGAUUGUAUUUGCCUUCAGUCCUUUAACACAGGAGUUUGUCUACCUUCAAAUUUUAGGGCCAAAUAAGGUGCUAACGUCACACAGAAAAAAGGUUUCCAAAAAACAAAAAAGGUAAAAAAAAAAACCUUCUCAAAAUAUUAGUACACAUUUAAACUGAUAGGUGACUCUAAGAUUUUUUAGUGAAUUGUGUACCCUGGAAAGAAAAUUCUGGAGUACAAAAAAACAAAAAAAUAAAACAAAACAAAAAAAGAAAAAUUAAUUAAACAAAAGUAUGUGUUGUUUUUUUUGUUUUUUCAUUUUUUUUAUUAACUUGGGCCUGUGGAAUGCUUUUAAUUUAUCAUGUACCAAGCUUUCAUGUUUAUUAUUGCUUGAUGUCCCACAUUAAAGGAGUUUAUAAACCUA